AUGCGGCCAGCAGCGUCCGAUGCGACGCUGCCUCCCUUUAAUCCGCUCAUGGCGCUGCAAUUACUUCUAUCUGCUGGCGCAAUGAGUGUUAAGAAGCGUGUUAAGGCUGCACAGCAGCUAGAGGAAUACUUUCGUCAUUUGUCUCCCACGCCCGGUCUCCUGAUGUCUCAAGAGCUACAAACAAGCGUCAUGGCUAUGCUACUCGCGCUAUCAGCUCACAAUCCGACGGGGUUUAGCAAUUGGAUCGGUAACAACAGACAACCGGGCUACGAACCGUGGCUUGUGCAGUGGAGUUACGCGUUGUUGCUACAGACAGAAAAAACGGUGCCUCGAGAUAAAAAGGAUGAUGAUUUAAACUGGCAGGAAGAGUCGUUCGAGUUUAAACAGUUUGACCGUGUCUUUGCUGGAGUCAUGCAGAUGUGGCGAACGUUGCUGGACCAUACAGCCGAUGUGGCUCUUGUGGAUCAACUAGUCAAGUACUUGCAGGCCUUGUUGAUGCAGUCAGACACAAACAUGUGGCACUUAUUGAUGCUCAAGAAACUACAGCCGCACUUUGUAGAUGUCGCAGAUGUUCUGGUUGGCUGGAUGAUGAGUACGGGGCCACACAGUCCGUUGCGGGAAGAGAUUCUUGCAUUAUCAAAUAACUUUGGCCGCUUGUGGGCAGACAAUAGCGUAUUUAGCCUUCAGCUGAUGAACUCAUUUGUAGAUGAAAUUUUAAGCCUAUGUGAAUAUUGGAAUCAAGAUGGCGACAGUGAUCGCCUAAGUACUCUAUUGACUUGUUUCAUGAUGGUCGCGCAAUGCGUUCCUGUCCUUGCUCUAGAAGGUGCUGAAAGCCCUUUCAAAAAAGUGCUUGAUUGCGUUGCUGCUUGUCCGCAGCCAGAGUACUCUAUUUUUUGUUUGGCGAAUUGCUCAGACUAUUUGGUGUCGGUCUCUAACUCAGGACAAAGUAGCUUUGCUCCUCAGUCCAUUGCAGCGAUAGGAUUUUUGCUUCAUCACUGUGCUGUGCAGUCUUGUUUGCGUGAUUGUGAAGUGGAUAAAAUCUUGACAGUGCUAUGUAAUGCUUGCAAGCUGGCAAAUGCAAACUUUUCUAGUAUCAGUGAUUCGCCGUUUGUACAAUCUGUGGCGAUAAGCAUCCUAGGUGACGAAAUAUCAUCUCGUUAUGUGAAUAAAAGCGGCCAGUUUCAGCGUGUGAAGCUUUUGGAUUGCUUGCUCCGCCUGGAAGUUGCUAACGUGGUACCAUACGUCACUCAAUUGUGUCUACAAUUAGUCAAAGUGGGUGGAAUUGGCGCGGUUAAGGUAUUUGGAGAAAGCGCGCUUCAGAACCUGAACGAUCUAAAUGGUGAAACGAAAGAUACUUAUUUUGUCUUUGCUGCUACGUGUUUCAUUCUGGUCUCCAGAGAUCUCAAGAGAUUGAAUCUUGUAAAUGAUAAUUGCGCGAUGCACGUAAUUGCGAUUUUUGAUCUGAUUUCAGCGACAUUGAAAAAGACUCACCGAUGUCAGCCCGAAUUGACUCCUCGGCAAUUGUGCCUCGUGUUGAAAAUGGCCUGCGCAUUUCUAGAAGCUAUUUGUCAUCAUAUUGAUACUCUGAGCGACGUUGUGGAGACUAUGCGAGAGGCAUCACUGCAUAUAUUGGAGUUUGCAAUUGGUUUGCUGUAUAGUGAACCUAUGGUGCUCCGAAACCAUCGUCUUACUACCGAUACGCUGCAAAUGAUUUAUUCCAUGAUCUCUAAGGCGACAAUCAUCCCGCUAAUUCCGCAAGAUUUAAGCCGUUCUCUUCUGAAAAUGACAGCCAAAGUCCUAUAUUCCUCCAGUGUGAGAGUGCGAGAUAAAUGCAUUCGGUUAUUGGAAGUCUUUAAUCGUCGAACGGAUGCUUGCAAUAUCGCUAAAGAAGUGUUCGACAUGAUACUGAUUCUGUUGUUGGAUCCCAGCCCCGUUAUACAGCGCACUAUUGUUUCGUCUGCCUUCAGCAGCGUAGCGCGCUCUGCAUUGUCAAAGCAAAUUUCUUUGUGCAAGCGUCGUUCCAGAUCACAAUAUAUAAUACCCUCGUUCGUUGGUGCUGAUUUUGAAUCUAUAUUUUGUCGCUUCCUGUUCCGAGAGUGUGAUGAAAGCGAAUGGAGUCGAGUCUGUAGAAGUAUCAUGGCUCGCACCAAACCAAAUGUGGCUUUCGGAAACACAGGCGUUCUUCUGGGUGCGGUACGCCAAGCAGCAGCUUGGUGUGUUCAAAAUAGACUCCGCACUUUUAUCGGGGGCCCAGCUCAAAAUUUUGCUAGUAUCGAGCGGCUGUUACAGGAGUAUUCUGAUGAGGCUCAAAAUCGAGCUGGAGUAGCCUUACAGAAUAACAAUGCAGAUAACUUAUCUUGUACUUCUUCAACGAACAGUAUCCCGCACCAGUUGCUAAACUGGUUGUUGCUCGAGUUCGUCAAUGAGUUAGAAUUGCGUAUGACUCUUGCAAUUCGUGCCCCUGAAAUGGAUCAAAGUAAGUCGGAGAGUGAAGAAUACAAGACCGUUCUUUUUUUUCGUACGAACAAGGUUGUAUGUGACGAUUGGCUAAACCGAAUUCGGCCAUAUCUGGUGGAGAUGACGAAAUGUGCACCCUGUUACGAGUUGAAGCGAUAUCACUGUCACGCCUUAAUGAUAAUUUGUUACAAUAAGCUCAGUAAAGCCAUGACUUCUUAUACAUCUUUCGAAUCAUUCGAAGUGAUGACAAAAGAGCUCACACAGGCCGAAAAAGAUCUCGAUGCCGCAUUGUUCUCGCUCUGCCAAUGUCAUUGCGAUGCAAAAGACGCCGAUUCAAUCAUCGGUUUUCAGCAAUGGAGUGUAUCACUUACCACGACAUUGAAUGACAUUUAUCAGUUGCAGAAAGGAAAUAAGGACAUUCCUGAAUAUUACCGCAAGAUGCCAUUGUUUAAGUGGCUGAUUGCUAUUCGCUAUGAGGCUGAAAUGCGUUACGAAGACGCAGCCAUGGAAUACGAAACUGUGUUGGAUAAAGUGCUAGCACGUGAAAUGCUCGAAGAAAAUUGUCCUGGUAAGAUUUUUGAGUCUCCCAUGUACUUCCUAAGGAUGUCUCCAUCGGCACUGCUGGGCUGUAUCAAGCAAUGUGCUCAAUGUUAUGCUGCUCUGCGGGAGUGGACUAAGUUGCGCAAGCUUGUUUCCCGAUGUAUCGAUCUUGUUAGCUCUCUUGUAAACUACAAUUACCCUAUUGAGGAAAUUAAUGCAAUUCUUUCCUGCUGUGAUUGUUGGAGCAACAAAAUUGGCAUCGUUAGUGAUCUUGAGACGUCAACAGAUGAUACCGUCAAAGAAAACGAUCAGAAGGAGGAUCACAUAAAUGAAGCAGCACAAGCGCUACGCGUGUGGGACGCUGUCGCCGAAACAAACCUUGGACCUUCAAGCGCCUCAUUGCUCAAUCAACCCAGUGUUGCUCAGCUUCGACAAGACUUAAUUCCGCUGGCAUUACAGCCAUCUCCUUGGAAUGGCUACGUGGGUGAAAAGAUCGGCAAAAACGCUGAAGAAAUUGUCUUAAGAUUGUUUAAUGUACUGCAUCCAGUCAAACAAUCUCCACCUGAAACAGUUUUGGAAAUUGUGAAACUCAAUCCAAAAGUGUAUGAUUCUAUUACUUGGGCUCAAACUUACUGCAGACCACGCUGGAAUUCUGAUGCUGAAAGCUUACACCUUUCUGGGAUAGCUCGACUAGCCCGAAAGCAGCACAAUUACAGCCUCGCUCAAGCCCUUUUAAAGAAAGCAGAAAAUAUAAAAGAUGCAAGUCUCGUAGCAGCUAUGACUUUGAUAUACGAGAAAGCAAAGCUACUGGAGGCAUCCGGGAUGAUGAAACAAGGGCGGGAGCUUCUUGAAACCCAAUGCGGAAAAGUCUUGCAGUUGAUUGGAUGUGGCGAUACCACUGGAAUAGAAAGUGUUGCCACGCGAUCAUUCUUGCAUCUUGCUGGGCUAAGCGGUAGUGCAGCUAAUGAGGAGUAUUCCUCGUCAGCGGUAACUCUAUUUGCGAGUAGUGCUAUCGGCGCUAAUUCAAUCAAAAUAGCUGAUGAUCUAUCGAGUGCCUCUUUUUUUACUCCAAAUCCGCAAGAUGCAUUCGCCGACAGAUGCUUCCAGACUGCACUUGCUCUAUCGCCACAUUCUGCGAAGGCUUGGACUCACUAUAGUCAUUGGUGUUACGGUCUUGGAAAGCGUGAAAUGAAACAAAUUAUUGAUCAUCAUGGAUACGUCAAGUUGAACUUUGAGGAUGAAUCAGAGCUUAAUGGCCUUAUGGAUGAAAUUGGGCUUUGUAAAGGAGACCGCGACCAAAUUUUUCAUGCAUUUUGUCAGGUUCUUGAAAAAGGCGACCUUAUAAGUAAGCGCAUUGAAAAUUUUCGCCAAUUAUGUACCGAGCUAGCAUUGUCCGAUCACAAUCAAGAUGCUAUUGAUCGUUUGAUGCGGCUACAUCGAAAAUGCCACUUGAGUAUAUUUCAUUAUCACGCAUUGGCUGCUCGUGGAUAUGGAAAAUACCUGAUUAUGCGCUACAGCGACUCGAGUCACUGUAUUCCAAGGCAGGAAGGAACAAUGAUCGUGCUUCGUAUGCUUGGCAUUUUGACGCAGUUUGGAUCUGAAAACGAAGUAGUUUUAGCGCUUCAAGAUGUUAUUUUACAUGGACCAGUGAUUCCGUGGUCCUACGUCGUCCCGCAAGUAAUCGCUCGCGCGAAUCAUUCGGUUCCUAUAGUCGCAACCUUGAUUUGCUCAAUUCUCAAGCGCUUAGCCGCUCGUUUCCCUCAUGCGAUUGUUUACCCAGCUGUAGUUGACGCUAUGGAUUUUGAAGCUAGUGGCCACGCAGAAGAUUAUGGUGUAAAUAGAUUUUCUGUUGCGGUUUUAAAAGAGCUGCAAAAUGCGUCGUCUGGACAACUAGAGGGCGUGCGAUUACUUGUUUCGGAACUCUGUCGAAUAUCGAUUUUGUGGGACGAAAACUGGAUCAGUACACUUGUUAAGCUAUCGGCGGAUGUAUCUAGGCGAGUUAGUACGUUAGAGAAAGAAGCUUGUCGCCUGGAAAAAAAUACAUCUUUGUCAACGAAGGAGAAAUACGAAUUAACUUACCGCAAAAUGGUUGCAAUUAUGAAGCCGAUUUACGUUUCGAUUUCUGAAUUAUGGGAAGAAACGUGCGGUAACGCCCGUGAUCAUCAUGCUCUAACCCCACACGAGCGAAAUUUUCUAGUAGAUUAUGGAAGAUUGAUUGACAAGGCAAUGACAAACUUUCGUGACGGCUGUAAUGCAGAGUACCAUCUAGCGUCGAGAAUAACUGCCACAGACCUCUGGCAACCAUUUGUAGAUAUAUUGACAUUAAUGAAUGCCAGAGGUAACCGCGAACAGCUUCCUCUCCUUGAAAUAUCACCGGCAAUGGCUUCAACCUCUCGUCUACUAGCUCUGACAAACAUACCUGGUGCAGUGCUGGAAUCAACAUCAGAUAAAGUGGAGCCCAUCAAUAUUCAUCGCCUUAAUUCUUCUGUGACCGUACUGCGAACAAAGACCAGGCCUAAGUCAUUAGAGGUGAUUGGAUCCGAUGGUAAAACAUAUAGCUACCUGCUCAAAGCCCGCGAAGAUUUGCGACUAGAUGAGCGAAUUAUGCAGUUUCUACGCGUGACAAACGACUUUCUAAAAGCUGACGAUGACGCAGGAGCUCGCGAUUUGUCAGCUCAAAGCUAUAGUGUCAUUCCGCUUUCCAAAAACGCUGGCUUGAUCCAAAUGGUACCGCAUGUUAUUCCUCUUUUUCAAGUUUAUACUUCUCAAAAUGAUGCAAUGGGGCGAGCACAGCAAGAAUCUGUCGCUGAAUCGUCAGCACAACAGCAACCUUCUCCGCCAACAGCUCAGUUUUACGCAAAGCUCAAGCAGCACGGUAUAACGAAUGUGUCACCGAGCAAUCGAUCGCAAUGGCCGGUAUCCGUGCUUAAUGAGGUUUACCAGGAACUUGUAGCCCAGCGUCCACGCAAUGUUGUGCAACAGGAGAUUCUCGUUCAGAGUGAAGACUUGAGACAAAGCUGGACGAAAAUUACGCGAUUUUGCAAUUCUCUUGCGGUCAUGUCCAUCUUAGGGUAUAUUAUUGGGUUGGGUGACAGGCAUUUGGACAAUAUUUUGCUGUGCAUCGUUAGUGGAGACAUUGUUCAUAUUGACUACAAUGUAUGCUUUGAUAAGGGGCGUAGGCUCAAAGUGUCCGAAAUUGUGCCAUUUCGGCUAACGCCCAUGCUGCAGGACGCGCUUGGAGUUACGGGGGUUGAAGGAAAGUUUCGUACAGCAUUUGAAACAACUUUAAGGAUCGUACGCUCAGAUCAUGUUCGUGAAGCGUUGCUGACUUUGAUUGAAGCUUUCGUGUAUAGUCCUCUUGUGGACUGGAAUGCUGACGACAAGCGGCAAGGGCGAGAAGUGGAUUUGAAGGCUCGACUGGAGGCGAACGUGAAUCUUUCUUUAUUCUUGUCACGGGCUGAAGAACGACGACAAGUUACGAUUGCCUUCGGCCGUCAGUUUGAACAGUGUGCUGACUUUAUAUCCAAAACUUUUACUGAAUCAGCUGUUCCAUUUUUGACGAUGUUAGAAAAGCGAAAGCUGCUGAUGUCACUAGAAUGGAAAGAACGUACAUUAUUAAAGGAAGUUUCAAGCACAAAAGCAGAGCUAUCAACAAUUCAGGAAGCAGAAAAGUGUAAACGCGCAGAACUUGCGUCCUUGACAGCCCGAUGUACCGAUAUUGCUGACAGAUUAACUAAUUUUGCUGCUGAUUGCUUCAAACGACAUCGUCAUAUCCAAGAGUUGAAGCAAAAAUGUGUCACGUUUGCAGAGUCUGAUCCUUUGGGUCAACUUGAAGCGGUUACAAUUGCUGUCGAUACUACGUCUUUCCAGGUUAUUCACGCCACACUACGCGACGCUUCAAAGCUUUCGACGUCCGCUGGUUCACUGAGUCAGCUUGUGGCUGCGCUAGAGUCAAAAUGCAGAUUAGUUGACGCAAACGUGAUACGUUCGCGUUUUGAGAUUAAAAAAAUCGCAGAUUAUUUGAUUCCAUUUCUUUCGUCGUAUGGCCACCAGCGGAAGGAGCUGGAUGCGUACAUAACACUAGCGCAGAACUUCGAAGGCAAGGAUGUGUAUUUCAAGUGGUGGAAACUCUGCACUGAGUACUUGCGUGGGCUGGUAGAAGGGCAGACCCAAGAAUACGCCACUUCUAUUAUGAAUUGCCCUACCCCAUCCGAAGAGGAUAUUGCUGAGUCGAGAAUGGUGUUAAGUCGACUAGAUGAAACUCAAUUUGAGGUUGGUGCUGGGGUUAGUAGUUUAAAUGAGGCAUCUCGCAUAUUGCUCGCAAACAAGCUGCUUCAGAUUACAUCGAAUGAUCUUUUUGCGAUGAAUUUAUCCAAUGCCCAGGGCCAACGCCUUUUAAAACUAGCCGGUGCGUCAUGGAUUGUCGAAGCUCUCGAGCAUUUAGAUGAGCCGACUUGCUAUUCAAACGUUGGCGCCUUCACGCCCUCGCUUAAAGUGCCACAGAAAUUCGAGGCUAUAGCAUCAAUGACCCAUGCAUGUUGCGUUUUACUUAAUUUGGUCUCAACACCAAAAGGAUCAAUGAAAAGGCUUCGAACAAAUGAUUUAUUUGCGCUCGCCCACGAUCGCAAUUAUAAAGCGGACGUUGGAAAGUGUCUAAUUGGAUUUUACGAAGUUCUGCAAGAAAUAGGGUCCUUUUCUUUUGUGCUUCAAGACGAAUUUAUAUCGAAUUUAUAUGGACGAGAUUUUGGCAUGAGUAGGCAUUUGCAGAAGUUUGUGAAAGAGGUGCUGACAACAUCUAGUGAAAAUAAGCAUAAGGCAAUAGUUUCAUUGUCGAUGCUUGAUGUAAGUAAUGGUUCAAGUUCUUCUAUCCAGACGAUGCUGACGGGGCAACCGGGGCUCUGCAAAUUACUAGUCGCUGGUUUUGCUAUCAUACAGAAGAUUUCAGUGCUUGUUGAAAACCUCUGUUUGAUGUCAAUAGUGACUGGUGAAGAAGCUGCACGCAUAAGUGAUCUAUCCAGUACUACUUGGCUUGAUUUUGAGCGAAAUGUCGUUAACCUUUUUGCUGUGUCAGAUUAUGAUGCAGAUUUUAAAGUGCAAGAAACACGCACAUUGUGGUCGGCUCAUAUCGAUAAUUUUGUAUCGAAGUGUUUGUCGAUAUUAUUCCGAUAUCAACUUUUUAGUAUUAUUAUCCAUGAGUGGAAGUUUGAUUUCAACGCAUUUGACCGACGGGCUGAUAAAACUGAGGCUUUUGGGGUGGAAGCUCUUAGCGAACGAUGGACCGAAUUUUCCCGCUCCCAAAUUGAAGAUAUCUUGCCAUCUACGAUGAAUGAUUCGUUGUCUGCGACUUUAAAGAUGCAAGCGAGUAAUGUUACCAAUUCUGUCGUAAAACUGAUGACGACUUGCAACGAGUGUUUGUCUUAUAGAUGGGGCGAAGCUCAGCUUAAUGCCUGGGCACAGCAUCUAAUGACGAUUAAAGCUCGACAUGUAGGACGUAUUCGGUAUGCCACAUGGCUAGCAGGAGCGAAGCCGGCUGAGGAUGGAUUAACCAAUCUCACUCGUACUGAGCUGGUAGCCUGUAUACUCUCUCAAGUUCCUCAACUGAAUGCAUUGCUUACUGAUCAAGUUGCUUUGCAAGCAAGCGUAACGGAGCUGACCCAGCAAUUGGAUUAUCUUGCCUCAAAUAUAAGCAAUAUAUCGCACUCUACAAAUGAGAAUUUGCACACUUACAUUCAUAAUUAUUACGACCAAGUAGCGGGUCUGGUUGAUUAUGGACGGACUUUGGGUGAUCUCGUACAGGGAAUCAGUCUCAUUGAGACAUCAAGCGGCGAGAUAAAGCUUGAGGUCGACACUGCUGGCACAAUCAUUAUUCAGUCAGCGUCAAGCGUUAUACUGGAGAUGCAGUCGCUAAAUGAGGCACUUGAUGUCCUGGUGACACAAGUACAAGAGUAUCAAGGCAAGCUUCAGCAAACACAGGACAUGUAUGAUGCCGUCGCCUCUAAAAAAGUUGCUGCGGAAAGUGAGCUGCAUUCGUUGUGUCUUGACUACAAGCACACGGUUGUUGAGGUCGCGCACGUGCUAAGUAAAUACGCAAAUGAAAUGCGAGCUCUGCUUAAUAACUCUGACGCGCUGAAAGAUCCAUCAAAUCAACGAGCUGCUGAAUCUGUGAUUUCCUCGAGUGUGCAUCAUCAAGUGAAAGCUAAUACGCGAGAUGCACAGUCGACAGAGUUUUCUACUGGAUACUUAUAUUCGGAGAACGAUCGGCUUGUACAAAUGCUUUUGCGUAGUAUACAGUCAGUUAAUCAUUAUCAGGUGCUGAAGGAAGUCCUUAAAAAUCACGGCGAACAGAGUAUCCUACUUCGUGACACAAUUAGCCAACUUGACCGUUUGCUAUCCAAAUUUGUUAUGCAAGUUGGGCAAAAUUUAAGUGACGACGAUAAAUGCGACGAGUCAUCGCAAGUUUAUCUGCUAUCAAAGCUUUUACUUGAUCUGAUGGAGACGUUGCAGAUAGGUAAGAAUGAGACUGAGGUGAUCACAGUUUGCAAAUCGGAUGGAUCAUCGAAUUCUCCACUUUUUGAGGCUCAAUAUCUUUUGCGUGGAUGCCUUAAGCUGUUUUUCAAAGCGACCGAGAUGGCUAAUCACUUAUCUAGCAUUCAAAACAAUGAAAUCUGGAAAGUCACGUCUAUGCCAGAUGAAAUAGCUACAGAAGACAAAACUUACGACAAUUCCGCGAUUCUUGAAUUUGAAGAAAAAUUGGCCAUGGACGUGAGUAGUGACUGCAACUCCAAUGACGUUGCUGCUAAAACUUCCAUGAGCGUGGAAGAGAAAAGCUUGUACGGUUUGCAAGUCCUAAAGCGUAUCGAGGAAAAGUUGUCGGGAUUUGUACCGGAAGUGACAGCCGCUCCAGCACUUUUAACCGUGGAACAGCAGGCAUCGUGGCUCAUUGAUGAAGCCACGAAUAUAGAUAAUCUUUGUCUCAUGUACGAAGGAUGGACACCGUGGAUCUAG